AUGUCUCCUCAUUUAAAGCAACGCGCAAUAUUUUUAUUGAAACAAGAAAUAUUAAAACGUCAAGUAGAUUUAUCACUUACAUAUCUAUCAACUACUAAAAAUUCAUCAGUAAUAUCAUUGUCAUCAUCAUCAUCAUCAAAAUCAUGCUCACCAACAACAUCCAUUUCGAGUACUAAUUCUUUAUCUAUACGAAAAAAAUUGUUAUUGGAAAUAUUUGACAAACAAUCACAAGUAACAGCAAAAAGUACGAUUGAAACAGAAUUAGAAGCAUGUCUUACAUCCACGUUGGUGCUUGAAAAUGAAGAAGAUGAUGAUAUACUUUCAUACUGGAGACAUCAUUGGCAUGAAUUUCUUUUAAUUGCUUCAAUUGCUCGUGUUGUAUUAGCAAUACAUGCGUCAAAUACAUCAGUGGAACGAUUAUUCUCGUCUUGUAAAAAUACAAUCACCGACAAACGAACAAAAUUAGGUGGGGAAAAGUUGAACAAACUGACGUUCUUACAAAAAAAACAUGGACGUGUUGAAGGAAAAAUAUCGUACCAAUUGGAAUGA